AUGUCUGCUCACGACGCCGCCGUCACCAGCGCUGCUGAGAAGGACGUCGCUCCCAAUGGCGCCACCCAUCACCAGCCGCACGCGCGCUGGCAGCACCCCAACUACCGGGGACUUGUCGAGGGCCAGGACACUCAGGCCUUCGGUGGUGCUCUGCAAGUCGGCAACUGGCAGCCGUACGAGCACCGCAAGCUCGCCAACCCUGCUCCUCUUGGUCUCUCUGCUUUCGCCCUGACCACCUUUGUCCUGUCUGCUCUGAACAUGCAUACCCGUGAUACCUCCGCCCCCAACAUUGUCCUGUCCCUGGCUUUCGGCUACGGUGGUCUUGUUCAGCUACUUGCUGGCAUGUGGGAAAUGGCCACUGGUAACACUUUUGGUGCCACCGCACUGUCGUCGUACGGCGGUUUCUGGCUGUCCUAUGCCAUUAUCCUCACUCCUGGCUUCCAUGUCCUAGACGAAUACACCAAGGCUCAAACGGCAAACGUUUUGGGUUUCUUCCUGUUCGGCUGGUUCAUUUUCACCACCCUUCUGGUUCUUUGCACCCUGCGUUCGACCGUGGCCCUUUUCUUGCUGUUUUUCACGCUUGAUCUGGCUUUCCUGUUCCUCGCUUCCGAGCAGAUGGCUACCAACAUGGGCAACGCCACGGCCGCCCUCGCCCUCCAGAAGACCGGUGGACUGUUUGGCUUCCUCGCUGCCUUCCUCGCCUGGUACAACGCCCUGGCUGGUAUUCAGGACAGCUCCAACUCCUUCUUCCAGGUUCCCGUAAUUCACUUCCCCUGGUCCGAACACGCCCAGGAGCUGCGCAAGCAGAAGAGUGCCGAGCACACAGUCUAG